UGGUUGUUAUCGAUAGGUUUUUUUUGCCCAAUUCUAAUUACAAAAUUGUUUUUCUUAUUGUCUUGGCGAUUUAAUAAGGAUUUUCCGGGGAAAUGACGCAUCCGUCGGAGGCGCAAGAGAGAACCCGAAAGUAUCCGUUCGUUAACAUGCGGAUUUCGGAUCAUUCAAUUCUGGACACCAUCGAGGGCCGUCACAAUUGCAAAUUGUGUGAUCGCUCGCGAAAGUUUUUCUGCUACAAUUGUUAUAUACCUGUUGGCGAAUUGGAAGGAGCACUUCCUCGUCUGGAGCUGCCUUUGAAAAUAGACAUUAUCAAGCACAAGAAGGAAAUCGAUGGCAAGAGCUCGGCGGUACAUGCAGCCGUUUUGGCGCCGGAGCACGUGAGGAUUCAUACUUUUCCGGACAUCCCAGACUAUCGGGAGGAACCCGGCGUAGUGCUAAUCUUUCCCAGCGCCACAGCCCUUACGGUUCCCCAGCUUUUCGAGCGGAAUGUCCAGCUGCAGAUAGGUGAUAACUAUGGUCUGCCAAAAGGUCAUCACAUGGGAACCAUGCUGCGGAGAAGAAUGGAUGAGGUGGAGGUUCAGGACCCCAAUUUAAAGGAUCAGGUAUCCCCAAAGAAAAAGUGGACCCUGGAGAACCUGCCCAUCCGACGAGCUGUAUUUAUAGACAGUACAUGGAACCAAAGCCGUGGAAUCUACGCAGAUGAAAGGGUUCGUGGACUAAGAACCGUGGUUCUUCAAAAUCGGUUGUCGCAAUUCUGGAGACAUCAACGGGGCAGUCCACGCUGGUACUUGGCCACCAUUGAAGCCAUCCAUCAAUUCCUUUUGGAAGUGCACAUAAAUGCCUGGGGACUGAACUCCGGAUAUAGAGGGCUAGAUAAUCUGGAGAUCACCGAGGGCUUCCAUCAACUAGCGGCACCCUUAACGAUCGAAACAUCCAUUGAGGAUGUUGGCAGGGUAUCCCCCUAUAAUGGACAAUACGACAAUCUCCUGUUUUUCUUCGCCAACAUGUAUGAUCUCAUCCACAAGUACUACGAUCACAAUGAACUGAUAGCCUACCGACGACCCAUUUAGUUUUAUAAGUAUAUUAUUUUGGAUAGUGAGAAAUACACGCUAUUGUUGGCUAAAA